GUAGCUUUCCUUAACUGCUCUUUCCUUUAUCUUCCCCACCUACCCUUUUCAGUCAUCAGAAUUCACUACACACCAAUUCAAUUUUGAAUAAAUAGCAGACCUCCAUUUUGGCUCAAUAAUGGCAGUCUUUGUACUGCCGAAUUUUCCCACCUCUUCGUUAUUACAGCUUCUCUGCAAAUAAUGGCACUUUCUUGAUUACAGUUGGUUGAUUGUAAUUAAUUGUGUUCCCUUGAAUGCCAUUUCACAGCUUAUGAUUGACUUUGACUGCUCGAGCUUUUUUCCAUGUUUUUUAAACAUGGAGGUUCGGAUUUCCCUAUUUUUUAUUGCACUGAAUCUGUGAUCAUUUAUUGCGCCAGGCGGGGCGACCCACAGCACAAUAAUGUAAUUUAUUCAACGAUUAGGGUGGGGUGUCGUUUAAUUGCUGCAAGUGACCUAAUUCCGCUUCGGUUGAACCAAUUUUGUUUGCCUAGAAGAUCACUGCUUCCUCCUGCUAUAAAUACUCUCCCCUCCGAUUUCGAUUCAAUUUUUGAGUUUUUUCCCCAAUGUUGGGAUCGUAGGCUGCUUUAAGAUCUCCCGCCUGCUGUCGGUGGUGGCGCGCGAUUGUAGCGUUGGGGGUUUCGGUAAUUAGGGCGCCGCCUCGCCGAUGGCGUCGACGCCUCCGCCUCCGGCGGAGUGGGAAGGCGACAGUUCUUCGAACACUGUAAUUCGCAAGGAUGUGCUCAAUGCGUCGCCGAGGUCAUUAGGUUUUACAGAUUCUGAUACUGCCGAACAUUUGAACAUUAUCUACGACAGGACAUCCGGCAGCUGGAACGAACAUGUCUUAGAAUCAAGUGGUGUUUUUAAUUCAAAUGUCUUGACAACACACAAGUCGUCAGUCGAACUGAUGGAAGAAAUUGCCGUGCUCGAGGUUGAAAUCAUGCAUUUGGAACAGUAUCUUCUAUCUCUUUACCGAACUGCUUUCAUGCGAUAUCUGCCGACGACACGACUGAGGACCGCCCAAGAAACGGAUGCAAUGUCCUAUCAAGCUUCAUCCGGCCCCCAUUCUCCAAAAUCGAAAUCAGCAACUCCAAGAGAUAGUAAAAGUCCUAUGGAUCUUGUUCCUGUUUCUGUUCCACUGUCGUCACCCAUAAAGAAGCAGCCGGCAACUAAUCGGCACAAUAGCCUUGCAGAGCAUCUUGGACAUUCUGAAAUAGAUAAUCUCGUUGUUCGACCAGAUAAACUCUCUGAGGACAUCGUACGAUGUGUGUCGUUGAUUUAUUGCAAAUUGGCCAACCCCGCAACGCAUGAUAGCGUUAACAAAGGCUGUUCAGCUUCGUCGGCUUCAUCCUUCUGUUCCUCCAGCACAUUUUCUCCCAAAAAUUUAUCCGGACGUUGGAGUCCCCAAUACAGUGAGGAUGUUACGGCAAAUUGUGAUUUUGAAGGAUUAAAACAAGAGAAUGGACAUAGUGCCGCUGCUGCUGUCCUGGAAGUGCUGAAAAUAUGCUUGGAUGACGAAAACUAUAGUUACGCUACAUCGAUGCUUAAGAAAUUCAGGUCUCUCGUCAAGAGUCUUGAGACUGUCGAUCCGAUGAAGAUGAAGCGCGAACAAAGCCUUGCAUUUUGGAUCAAUAUUCACAAUGCACUGUUGAUGCAUGCUUAUUUAGCUUAUGGAACUCAAAACUAUAUAAAAAGUAACUUUAUGGUGAAGGCUGCGUACAAUGUCGGCGGGCAUUGCGUGAAUGCUUAUGACAUACAAAGCUCCAUUUUGGGAAUCAGAUCACACUAUUCUGCUACGUGGCUGCAGACUCUCGUAUCUCCCGGAAGGAAGUUUAAGACUGGGAAUACCAAACAUCCUUACGCCAUCGACUACCCCGAACCACUUGUUCAUUUCGCACUUUGCUCUGGCGCAUAUUGGGAUCCUAUGGUUCGAAUAUACACAGCGAAAAGUGUGUUUGAGGAUCUGGAAAUUGCUAGAGCAGAGUUCAUACGAUCAACAGUAUACUUCGAGAAGGAAACAAGGAUCUGUGCGCCGAAAAUCUUGUGCCAUUACGGCAAGGAUUUGUCGCUCGGCGUGGCUGCAUUGCUGGAAGUUAUCAGCGAGUACGUACCGGACGUGCGCUCGAAAGCAGCCAUAAAAGCAUGUGUGAAGAGUGGUAGAGCAUCAAAGCAUGUCCAUUGGUUAGAACAGAGUUCGUCUUCUUCAUCAUCAUCGUCGUUUAGGUAUUUGAUCCAUAAGAAAAUUGCAAAUGAUCAAACACUAGGAAGAUAGGUUAGUGUUUGCCCUUUUGCUUUUCUUCUGUUAUGGAAAAUUACUGUUGCUGCUGCUGCUAAAUGCAUUGUAUUCUUUCCUGUAAAGCAAUAAUUCAGGAUUUAUUUAUUUUUCUCAACUGCACCUUAUUUUUGUUGAAUUAAUAUUGGUCGGUAGUAAAGGUAUAAUUGUUUGUAAUCUAC